CUUCGUCUUCUGUUCCUUCCGAUUUUGAUUGAAGUGUCAUUCGUUCGUUAGUGUAAUCGGAGGAACGAAAAACAUCAUUUGAAAAGAAAAUUAGCGACAACUGCUGUAACAACGAUUGGCACAGUGCCAAAGCCAAAGCCAACAUCAAUUGGAUACACGACGAAAUACAAACACAAACGCCAAGCAUUACUGUUCCGGACUGCCACAGCGUUGAUGGAUUGCGUUCGAUUUGAUUUGAUUCGAUUCGAUUCGGCAGAUUCCUUCCUACCGAGCCUAACAUUCGAGACUAAACCACAAGGGAAACCGACGGUGCAUUCGGUCCCUCGAAUGGCGACUGGGGUUCCGGUUUUCCCGCCGGCCCGGACCCUGGCCUUCCACGACGGAUGUUUUGCCGAGAGCGGCAAAAACCGGAGCUUCGGGGGCGAGGCAGAGGCCGAUGCUGCGGGGGAGGCUUCUUCUGGUGCCGUAGCGCUGGAGUGUCCGAGCCGAAGCUUCCCGGAGGAAUACUUCCGAUGCGGUCCCCGGCUUUCCUCGAUGGAAUCGGUUGACACGCUGCACCAGGCAUUGGCCGGAAUCGCCCUGGCCGUGGCGAUAGCCGUAGCCCUGGUGGUUGCGUUCUUGCCAGAAAAGAGAAGAUGGCGGUGGCUGCAAGGACAGAAAAAACAAAAACUACGACGACAAGAAGAAGGACGCCACACCGAGCCAAACUCUCGGGGGGAAGGAACGCGGUGCCGCUCGAUCGAUGCUUCCGGCGACCCCCGGACGGCGGCAAAGAAGGAGUUCCUGUCGAGGGCAGGGGACGAUUACGGGUACGGGGGAUCCCAGCUCGGGCACAUAGACGGCUGGAGGCCGAGGGAAUUCCCGGCGCUGCAGACGCCGAUUGGCCAUUCGGAGCAGCGGACGCAGGGCCGGGAAGGAGGGAUUGCUGACGGUCACAGCGAUUGCGAGAGCAGCAAGAGCCACAACGACAACGGCACGGCCUUUGAGCGGGAAGUCUACCUGGACUACGCGGGGGCCGCCCUGCCGUCGAGGUCCCAGCUGGAACGAGCCUUUGCCGCGGCCUCCGCCGGGCCGGUCCUGGCCAACCCCCACUCCUCGGGGCCGGCCGCGAGCCGGGCUUCCGAGGACAUCGAGAAAUCCCGGCGAAGGGUCCUGGAACACCUUGGGGCAAGCCCCGGGAGGUACGCCUCGCUCCGCCUGCCGGAAGGCCCCCGCUCCGGACAGGACAUUAGCCCGCAACCGCCGUCCGCCAUGGACGUCCACCCCGGGUACGAGGUCCUCUUCACACCGGGGGCCACCGAGGCCUUUCGGACAGUGGCGGAGCGGUUUCCGUGGAGGCCCGGCGGCGUCGAUCGCGGUGGCGGUGGUGGUGGCAACGAAGAGAAGCGAUCGAUCUUUGCCUUCGUUUCCAACUCGCACAACUCGGUGGUGGGAAUGAGGGCGGUUGCCCUCCGGAAGGGGGCCGCCUUUUGCUGUCUUACUCCUGAAGAACUCCAGCAACUGACCUCGGUGGGGGACUUUGAGCGGCUGGAAGACCGGGUGCUCGAGAACCACAGCGUCGAAAAGAAAUGCCAAAACAAUAACGACAACGACAAACCCCACAACACCAACGGCCCGAGAAAAGGAUGCGGCAGACACGGAAUGCGUGAGCACCGCCGCCACCUGCUGGUCUUUCCCUCGGAGUGCAACUUUGGUGGCGACCGGCCCGACGCGAAAUCCAUCCUCGCGGCCGCACGGAAGAGCGGGUGGCACACGAUGCUCGACAUUGCCAAGCACGCCGCCACGGACGAGGUCCGCCUCAACCAGCUGGAUCCAGACUUUGCCGCCCUGUCCUUCUACAAGCUCUUUGGCCAUCCCACCGGGCUGGGGGCCCUCCUGGUGCGUAGGCCGUCGGUGGAGGUCCUGCUGGAAGCAUCGACCGUUGGUGGGGGGCACUACCAGGGGGGUGGAUCGGUCGACCUGGUGCUGCCCUUUCGGGGCUACACGGUGCCAAAGCCGGGCCUCGCGUCCCUGGCCAGCGGGACCUGCCACUUUCGGGGAAUUGCCGACCUCUCGCACGGCUUUGACGCGCUCGAAAGGCUAGGGGGAAUGCCCGCGGUCCACAGGCACGCGGUGUCGCUGGCGGGGGAGCUGGCGAGGCGUCUCUCCGAGAUGAGGCACGCCAACGGAAGAAUGGUGGUCCGAAUCUACGGGGCCUGGGCUGGCCGGGGAGGGGAGCACCGCCAGAACAACGGCAUCGGGCCGACCGUUGCCCUAAACGUGGUCCGCAGCGAUGGAAGUCCGGUGGGAUACAGCGAGGUCUCCAAGCUGGCCUCCCUGCACAGGCCCCCCAUCCAGCUCCGAACGGGGUGCUUCUGCAACCCGGGGGCCUGCCAGCGGGCCCUGGGGGUGGGGGAAGAAACGGCCCUAGAACACUACCGAACCACCGGCCACGUCUGCGGGGACCACAUCGAUCUCGACGGUGGAACCCCCACGGGGGCCGUUCGUGUGAGCUUUGGGAAGGACAGCCUCUGGGAGGACAUGGACGUCUUUGUCCGGUUUCUGGAGACCACCUUUCGGAACCACAACCCAGAAACGAGCCCGGUGGUUACAGGUGGAAAUGCUCCGGGCCACUGCGAACCAAAGUCCGGACCCGAGGAGAGCAAGGUGAGCGUGUCCGAGCUCUACCUUUUCCCGAUCAAGAGCUGCGCGGCCCAGAGGGCACCAAAAUGGCCACUGGUCCUCCCCUCUGGAAAGCUGAGGUACGACCGGGAGUUUGCCCUCGUGGACAGGUCGGGAACCGUCCUCCGCCUCCAGAAGCACCCGAAGCUCGGGCUCGUCUCCCCGGUCGUGGACCUCGAGGCGGGAACCAUGACCGUCUCCGCUCCGGGGUGCGAGGACCUCGUCGUCGGCCUGUCCGAAACCCUGUACCACGGGGGCGAAAACGCCGUCCGGGUCUGCGGGGACACCUGCGGUGGGAGGGUCUGGGGGGAUGCCUCCGUUUCGGACUGGUUCGCCUCCUUCCUAGGAAUCGAGUGCUGGCUCGCCCGCUACGACUCUUCUCUUGCCACCGACAGAGUCAUCAAAGACCGCCCCGGGUUUUCCAACGAGCAACCCAUCCUGCUGGUCUCCGAGUCCGCGGUGGCGACGCUGAACGGGGUGCUCUCGGAGCAGGACCAGCCGCCCUGUACCGCGAAGCGGUUCCGGGCCAACAUUGUGGUCAAGGGUCACACCACCAGAGGUGGGCACCCGGCCUCGGACCGCUGCCACGGCCACGCGGAGGACGAGUGGAAGACCGUCCGCCUGUCACGAAACCACCGCCUCGAGUUUUCCGUCGAGGGCGACUGCCCGAGGUGUGCCAUGGUGGACUACGAUCCGGAGACGGGCCAGAAGGGAAAGACCCUCCGGGCGCUGGCCUCGUAUCGGAGACGGAACAACGGGCGCAUCGUCUUUGGAAUCUUUCUGAGAGCAUCCGAGGGGAUCCUGCCCGACACGAGCAGCCUGGGCGCUGGCAACGGGGAUCGAGGAGAAGAAGGAUCCGACGCCGGCACGAUUUGGAUUCGAGAGGGGGAUACGUUAGAGUGCAAGCGAUGAUUUGCAAGUAAUGCUAUAGAAGAAAAAAAUAGAGAUACUAGCUACGG